CACAAUAAUACUGCUGAACUUCAUGGAUCAUUUUAUGAGCGGUUGUUUCAGAUGGAUCUCUCUUUCCCCUAAUUUGCACUUGAAUACGGCAUCCGGCCUUCGCCCAUUAUUCUUGGGACCUUCCUCCUUGACAAGUUUUGCUACUUUAGCCACAGUACCACUAACUUCCACCGGAUCCACUCCAUCUGGUUGCUUGUAUCAGGAAGCCAGCAAUCUACUUCAUCCAAAAUUUUUCCUAACAGCCGUUCUGGAGCGACUACGAUCGUGGCGUGAUUUCAUUAAAUCACCAUCCACUCCUUCGGAUGAUUUAAAUCCCAUGUUUGAGUUGUUCUCGAGACCAGGUCAUAUGGAUCAAACCCACACAGAUUACGUGCGUAUAGCACAGCUCGUCAUCUCCAUUAUCGGAAUCGGCCUGUCUCUGAAGUUGAUGCUUUACUUGAUCGAGCAGAUCAAUCCUACUGCAAAGGAGAAGCGCUUAGCUCGUAAACGGGUCCAGCAGUUGUUUACGAACCUUGGCCUUAAAACCAUACCGCAGCUGACCGACUACGAGGUUGGCAUUGCUGUCAACUUGGUAGACACGCAAGUCCUCUCUACUGAUUGGGAUUCAAUCGGCGGGUUAAGCCAUGUGAUAGAUGAACUUAAAGAAUCUGUGCUGGUGCCCUUUCAGCAAGUUCAACUGGUCCCCUAUCCGUCUCGGCUUCUUCGGGCGCCCAAGGGUGUUCUUCUUUAUGGUCCACCAGGUUGUGGUAAGACCAUGCUGGCCCGGGCUAUGGCUCGCACCGCGAAUGCUUCCUUCAUAAAUUUACAGAUCUCUACUCUUGUCAGCAUGUGGUAUGGUGAAACGCAGAAAUAUGUGGAGGCCACCUUCACUUUGGCCCACAAGCUACAGCCUGCUAUAAUUUUCAUCGAUGAGCUGGACUCAUUUCUCACCUCACGGAGCUACACUGAUAACGAGCCCACACGUAUGAUAAAGACUCAGUUUAUGGCUCUUUGGGAUGGAUUGCUUUCUGAAGAGAAUACUCGAAUCCUAAUCGUGGGGGCAACAAAUAGACCGGGCGAUCUGGAUCAGGCUAUCUUGCGGCGACUUCCCUAUAAGGUGUCAGUUCCAUUACCGGGUGUCGACCAGAGGGCUCAAAUUUUAUCUCUCCGGCUGCGUGAUGAACCACUCGCCACUGGAUUGACCUAUGAUGACAUCCAAGAAAUUGCCAUUCGAACGAAUGGCCUCUCUGGUAGCGACUUGGCUGAAUUAUGCCGUGAAGCCGCCUUCUGUUGCUAUCGAACGGAAAAACUGCUUGAAAGUCCUGCCAAUAUACGACUAAGGCGAGAACACUUCUUGAUCGCUUUGGAACAGUUCCUCAGCAAUCGUGUUCACUCAUCAAAUUCGAGGAUUGCUCACCCUGCACCGCUGGACUGAGAGGACUACACGCCAUGUCUCCCAUCCUGUGGUCAGCAGCAAAUGUAACCAUAGAGAACGAAGAGAUUGGACCUACAUUCCACACUUUGUUUUGAACAAAAUUCACUCUCUUCGGAUCGUGCAAU